AUGGGUUCUGUCAAUCGAAGAAAACGCGAAACGACCAAGAGCAAGGUCCGCGCAGAGUUGAGCAAAUUGGUUGGCCUGAAAGAAGUCAAAGAGCAAUUCGAUAACAUAGAGGGCUGUGUUCGUAUCUGCUCUCUCCAAGGAACGAACCCCCGAACAGAGCGAUGGCAUGCUGUCUUUCAGGGAAAUCCCGGAACAGGAAAAACUACAGUGGCCAGACUCUAUGCUAGAUUUCUACGGAGCAUCGACAUUGUAAAGUCCAAAACAUAUAAAGAGACAUCCGGUGCGCAGCUGGUAUGCAUGGGGCCAAAAGAAGUCAAGGAGUUGUUCGAUGCAUCUGGGGUUAACCCAUUUCAGGGUCUGCUGGGCACAAGAGCUCAGCAGCCGUGUCGUGACGACGACGACGAAGAUGACUAUGCAAAUGAUCCUACAGCAUUUGUCCGCACCACUUCAUCCCUUGAGCCUGGCUGUUUAAAAGACGGUGGUGUUCUGUUUGUGGACGAGGCCUACCAGCUAACUGCUCCACACGUGCCCAAUUCUGGUCGUCAAGUUCUCGAUAUUCUUCUUACAGAGAUUGAGAACAACGUUGGAAAUUUGGUUGUUAUUUUUGCAGGAUAUAAAGAAGAGCUCGAAUCGUUCUUUGGGCAUAAUCCUGGGUUAAAAAGCCGAAUUCCGCAUACUCUUCAGUUUUCCGACUUUACUGAUCAAGAGCUCUUACAAACUCUCGUCAGUCAAAUUGAAAGGAAAUACAAAGGCAAGAUGAGAGUCGAGGAUGGAAUGCAUGGAAAAUACAUGCGCGUGGCUAUCCGCCGACUAGCUUGCAGCCGAGGAAAGAAAGGAUUCGGUAACGCCCGCGCUGUGGAAAAUGUAUUGCUCAAGAUUUGGCAACGCCAAGCAAAACGACUUUCCAAGCGCAAAAAUAUGACGAACAACGAAGUCUUUACCUUUACGAAGGAAGAUAUUCUUGGACCAAAUCCUGCAGAUGUCAGAUUGACAAGCUCUGCUUGGGCAAAGCUUCAACAGCUUACCGGACUGGAGGAGGUGAAGAAGUCGAUUAAUAACAUGUUUGAAGCGCUUGAGAUGAACUAUCGACGAGAAUUGGCCGAGUUGGCACCUUUGAGCUUCUCAUUGAACCGAAUAUUUGUCGGGUCGCCUGGCACUGGUAAAACAACUGUCGCCAAGUUGUACGGGCAGAUACUAGUCGACUUGGGCUUUCUCAGCAAUGGCGAGGUGGUUACAAAAAAUCCGGCAGACUUCAUAGGCGAAGCUGUUGGAAAAUCAGAAGCACAGACGAAAUCCAUACUCUCGGCAACAGUCGGGAAGGUGUUGAUCAUCGAUGAAGCUUAUAUGCUGGAUCCUGGCGAAUCGUCUAAUCGCGGCGAUUCAUACAGAGGCGCUGUGCUCGACACACUUGUUGCCGAAGUACAAAGCGUUCCUGGAGAAGACCGCUGUGUUAUUCUGCUUGGCUACGAAGAGAGACUGAUGGAGAUGUUCCGUAAUGCCAACCCUGGGCUUUCGGGGAGAUUUGCUGCGGACAAACCAUUUCGUUUCGAAGACUUUAGCGACGCUCAACUCUGGGAAAUUUUACAGCGGAAAUUGGGGGCUCGAAACUUGAAGUCGACACCAGAAGGCUUGAGAGCCGCCAUGGAAGUCUUGAACCGGUCCCGAAUGCGACAGGAUUUUAGCAAUGGGAGAGAACUUGACAAUCUUAUCUCAGCUGCCAUGGAAAAUAACUUACAAAGGCAGUCAAAGGCGGGUGCUUCUAGCCAUGGCCAUGACAUGAUCCUAAGCCAAGAAGAUUUCGAUCCGAACCAUGGCCGUGCACAACACGCAUCUGCCAAUUGUAGAGCUGCUCUACAAAACAAAGUAUCGAACAAUGUCAUAUUCCAACUGGAGCAGUAUCAAAGGUUACUUCAAGUAACCAAGUCACGGAGAUUUGGUACUACGCCGAUCAUCCCAAAAUCCUUUAUUCUUAAAGGGCCCUCGGGUACCGGAAAGACUACGGUUGCUCGGUAUCUGAGUACUUUAUUAUACGAUCUAGGAAUCCUGUCUACCGACAAGAUAUUUGUUGAGUGCUCAGCGGCAGAUUUCAUCGGUGAGCACGUGGGCCAUACUGCUCCCAAGACUAGAUCACAGUUUAUGAAAGGCCUUGGAGGCGUUCUUUAUAUCGACAAUGCCCACCAGCUUAUGGAAGGCGGAUACGCUACCGAAGCAAUCAACGAGCUUGUUCGACUUCUACAAAAGCAUAGUCAGAAUAUUGUUAUGAUCUUGGCGGGUCCAUCUCAUGAGAUUGAAGCACUCAUGGCUAAAGCAAAUGGCAUCGGUGGCUCCGUUUUUAAAGAACUCACCUUCGAAAAUCUCACCGCUUCAGAAUGCCUGACUCUCCUCAAACGACUGCUGGGAGAGAACGGUGUCAGCAGCAGCAUUUUUGGCGAUCAAAUUGUGAAUUGUUUCGUGAAUCAAUUCGAAAUACUUUGCAACAUGAAUCAUUGGAGAAACGCCCAUGACGUGCAAUCUUUAUCAGAUUGGAUGGUCACAGAUGUUCUCACUAAUACUAUACCUGGCGUCCAGGCUGUCAGCGGAUUGCAUCUCUCGGUGGAGCGGGCAAAUUUCUUUUUCCACAAGAUGUUCCAGAUGAAGUCUGCCAUGCAAAUGAACGACCCCAACAACAUAAUGGAGGCUUUCCGCCAAACAGAGUCGGCUCACAUGUCAAUCAGCUACCAUAUGUCAGAGAACAAGCCGCAAGCAUGUUUUAACGAGCAAGCGACAUGCGUGCAGACUAACAAAGCAGAGGAGCCUACCACAGUCAAAGAGGAGGAAUACUGCGCAUAUGACGAGCAGGUGGACAAAAUUAAGUCUGUACAGCAAGUUUUGCAGUCCAUUGGUCAAUGUGAGGCGGGAUUUGACUGGGUCAGAGAGGGAAGUGGCUAUAGGUGCAAGGGAGGGAGCCACUACGUGUCUGACAGCCAAGUUCAAGCAUAUACAUCGUAA